ACUGAACAUUAUCUGGUAAGCGCAGCUUUUCGAGGAACAUGUUCCAUGUCUCCUCAUAUUCAAGCGGCUUGAGCUGAUAAGGCAAUCGCAUUGGAUCUGCAAACCUAGCUAUGAAUUGGUCGCAGGAUUAAUUUUAGGUUACACUAACCCUUUUCUUCUCUUCUCUUUCAGCCAGCCGCCUCUCCCUUUCUCCCUCUCGCUCGCUUCCUCCCUGCCCAGAAAAUUCCUCCGGCGACAGCCCAGAAAAUCCCCUCCGGCGACAACCCAGAAGCCCGCUCUCCCUCUCUCCCUCUCCCGCUCUCCCUCCCUCGCACCUGUCUCUCUCACUCCGGCGAAAGAUUCUCCGGCGACUCGAGAAGAAAAUCGUUGGUUGGGCGUCGGCAAAGGAUCUCAAAAAUCUCCACCUCCGGGAAGGCUCUCUCUCUCCUCCACCGGCGGUACGUGGCCCUCUCUCCUCCACCGAAAUGAAGGAAGAAGAAGUGAAUCGAUGCCAGAUUCAGGAGUGGUACCCAAAAUUUAAAUCUGUCUCCAUUAGAACCCAAAUUCACGAACUUCCUGAAUCGUUUAUUCAAUACCUUCUUGACGAUUCUGGUCCCUUCCUUUUACCAGUUUCUAUUUAUAAUGAUGAUGCCCUACCCAAUAGAAUUCAUAACCCUGAAGAGGAGGAAGAUUAUCAAGUAUCAGAAAGAUCUGGAGAUGAGUCAGAACAAUCUUCGCCACCCCCAUCUUUCCCAGAACUUGAAUUGAAAAUUAAGGAAUCAAUUGAAUCCCUUGGUGGUGCAGUCUUCCCUAAGUUGAAUUGGAGUUCUCCGAAAGAUUCUGCUUGGAUUAGCACUACUGGGAGCCUCCGAUGCGCUACAUUUAGCGAGAUUGCACUCUUGCUACGGUCAUCUGAAUCGUUGAUCCAUGAUUUAUGUCAUGCAUAUGAUUCAUGCAGUGACAAGUCCUCAUCAAGACCACAUAAUUUCUUCCUUGCGCUCCGCAAGUGGUACCCAUCUCUUAGGCCAGAGAUGGAAUUUCGUUGUUUUGUACGGGGUCAAAACCUAGUUGGAAUUUCCCAACGUGAGGUGACUACUUUUUAUCCUAUUCUUCUUGAGAAGAAAAUUGAUCUUGAGCGGUUGAUUCAGCAAUUUUACGAGGAUGAUGUGAGGCUGAAAUUUGAAUCGGAAAAUUACACAUUUGAUGUUUAUGUUACAAAGGAUGAGCGGAUUAAGGUGUUAGAUUUCAACCCUUGGGGUGCAUUUACAUUGCCGCUGUUGUUUGAUUGGGAGGAGUUAGAGCAGAACACUGGGGAAGAAGGCAAUAAUGUGGACUUCAGAAUUGUGGAGAGCCAGUGUGCUGUUAGGCCUGGUUUGAAGACAGCAGUGCCGUAUGAUUACUUGGACACUAGCACUGGAAGUGGCUGGGAUCAAUUUCUGAGGAAUGCUGAUAUGGAGUUGCAGCGGCAGACCAGGUCUUCUGAAGCAGGUGCUUGAGGUUUUGAUUGUCUUGAUUCAUGAGACUAGUGUUGUAGUUUCACAGGUGAUUUCAUAAAUACUCACUUUCAUGGGCAGACAGACUAUACUUGUAAUCAGGAUUCUUUGUUUUGUGUGUAGUAGCUCAAAAUACAGGAUUCUGCAUCUGCAAUCAUAAUAACAUAAUGAUCAUGAAUCUGAUUUUGGUGCAACUUCCAUUCUUGUUUUUUCUAUUAUGGAUUCAUGGUUGUUGCUGAAACGGUGUUUUAGAAUCUAUUUA